GCCAUGGGCUGGGGCGUCCGGCGGCCGCUGGGCCUGGGGCGGCUGCUGCGCCUCUGCCUGCUGGUCCUGCUGCUGCUGCUGGGCUCCGGCCGCGCGCGGGCCCUGCGCAAUGUCACCGCAGACCUCUUCGGACCCGAGGCCUGGGGAGCCCUCGCCGCCUUCGGGGACUUCAACUCGGACAAGCAGACGGACCUCUUCGUCAUCCGGGAAAGAAAUGAUUUAAUCAUCUUUCUGGCAGAUCAAAAGGCCCCCUAUUUCAAACCCAAAGUGAAACUAUCAAUGAAGAAUCAGAGCGCUGUGAUUACCAGUGUAGUUCCUGGGGAUUAUGAUGGAGAUUCGCAAAUGGAUGUCCUGCUGACAUAUCUUCCCAAAAAUCAUGUCAAUUCUGAAUUGCUAGUUGUUAUUUUCUGGGGACGAAAUCAAACAUUACACCCUAACCAUAAGACUGUGCUAAAUAGAACAUUUUUGGAUGAACCACUAAUUAUGGACUUCAAUGGCGAUUUAAUUCCUGAUGUAUUUGGGGUCACAAAUGAAUCGAGCCAGCCACAGAUUCUGUUAGGAGGGAAUCUCUCAUGGCAUCCUGCACUGCAUACUCAGAGUAAAAUGCGGAUACCUCAUUCACAUGCAUUUAUCGAUUUGAAUAAAGAUUUUACGGCAGAUUUGUUUCUUACUACAUUGUCAAGUUCCGGUGAUUUUCAGUUUGAAAUUUGGGAGAAUAAGGAUGGAAAUUUCUCCACUGCCAGUUACAUAACACAAAAACCUAAAGAUAUGGUGGUGGUUGGACAGUCAGCAUUUGCGGACUUUGAUGGAGAUGGACAGACUGAUCACUUACUUCCAGCCUGCGCAGAUGUAAAUUGCCACAGCAGUGCCAUCUACUUAGCCAAACCAGAACUGAACCAGUGGAUUCCAGUGUUGCAAGAUUUCAACAAUAAGGGCUCCCACUGGGGCUUUGUGCCGAUUGAAAGUGAGUCAACUCCAACUAAGCUUCAAAUUCCAAUCACCCUUCACAUAGGAGACUACAACAUGGAUGGCUAUCCAGAUGCUCUGGCCGUACUAAAGAAUACAACUGGAAGCAAUCAGCAAGCUUUUUUGCUAGAGAACGUCCCCUGCAAUAUUGCAAGCUGUGAGAGGGCACGGCGUAUGUUCAAAGUCUACUGGGAGCUAUCUGACCUAAAUCAAAUCAAAGAUGCUGUGGUGGCUACCUUCUUUGACAUUUAUGAAGAUGGGAUUUUAGACAUUAUUGUUCUAAGUAAAGGCUACAGAAACAAUGAGUUUGCCAUCCACACACUAAAAAAUAACUUUGAAGCAGACGCUUAUUUCGUUAAAGUCAUCGUUCUCAGUGGUCUCUGUUCCAAUGAUUGUCCUCGUAAGAUAACACCCUUUGGUGUGAAUCAACCUGGCCCUUACAUCAUGUACACAACUGUAGAUGCCAAUGGAUAUCUAAAAAAUGGUUCAGCUGGUCAACUCAGCCAGUCAGCACACUUAGCUCUCCAGCUGCCGUACAACGUUCUGGGUCUGGGCCGCAGUGCAAAUUUUCUUGAUCACCUGUUCGUCGGUAUUCCCCGUCCGUUAGGAGAGAAGACCAUCCGAAAACAGGAGUGGACGGCCAUCAUCCCGAACUCCCAACUCAUCGUCAUCCCGUACCCUCACAACGUUCCCCGCAGUUGGAGUGCUAAAUUGUACCUGACCCCAAGUAACAUUGUACUGCUGACGGCUAUAGCUCUGAUUGGUGUCUGUGUUUUCAUCUUGGCGAUAAUCGGCAUACUGCAUUGGCAGGAAAAGAAAGCAGAUGAUCGAGAGAAACGCCAGGAAGCCCAUCGGUUUCAUUUUGAUGCUAUGUGACCUGCCUUAACUACUAUGUAAUUGAGCUGCUCCUCAUUUGCUUAAUCAAAAUACUAAAUGCUGGCGAAUAGGAAAUUGAAUGGGAUUAUUUGGAAUGUGCUAUUUAUAAAUGUUGCACUUCUUGGUAUUUAUUUGGCGAGUAUUAAAAUGAGGUCCGAAUGUGUCGCGAGGUCUUUCAGUUAAGCACUUUGUAUAUGACCAUUUUUAGUCUUUAUUUAUCCAAGCUGUACAUUUUCUUUCUUGGUAGGGGGUUGCAUGUAUUCUGGUAUUUACAUACAGAUAAUCUUCCCCAAAUAACAGUGGUGGAAAAGGGGAUCAUGUGUAAAUAAAGAGGAGUGUUUAAAUGAGCAAAAUUAUCUGAGUCACUUGAAUUCAUCCUGCCACUUUUAUCUUCGUAAUGUAAAAUGUAUCUCUCAGGAUGAGGUGUCACACGCUAAUUAUGGAAAUUGUGAUGUGGGAGGGGGAGAUGUGACCUGAGGUAUUUUGGGGGUUUGGUUUUAAUCCUCCCAUGCCAGGAGAAUGGAUUCGUCGUCGUGGAAAAAUAACAGGAAUCACCAAGCAUGUAUACUCUGAUAUUAUAUAACUUCCUGACAUGACAGAACCCGAUCCUUUUAAAGCCUGGACUCGGGGUGGUCGAUGCUUGAUAUUAAUCAUUGAUAUUUAUUGGGCACUUACUGCAUGCAGAGCACUCUACUCAUGGUUCAUGUGAAAAGCCUACCCUCUCAUAGUGGACCUCUCUAAAGACUUUAAUUUGAAAUUAUCUUGUAACUCUAUAGAGACAAAAUUGUGGAAAAAAGUCUUUAAGGCUAUUUAAUUUUUCGGGUCGGGGAUGAAAGGAAUUUGGGACAUUAAUAAAGGCACCGAUCUGGGCCUAGUUCUCCAAGGAAUUCUCCUGUUCUCUAAACCUUUAAGUCAUAUCAAGGCCUUAAAGCCAAGUUCGUGUUUUUACUUUUCAUCCCUAAAACAUUACUUCUCAAAAAUUCACUUAUGAAAGUGGAAUAAAAAGCAUAGGAUGUAUAUUCAACAAUUCCGAUCUCAUUGCACCAUCCAAAUGGAACUUUUCCAUAAUUCAGAUUCUCUGAAAGCAACUUUUCUUGUUCCGUGUGGUAAAAUCAUGACUUUCUAUUUUCAUAAUGAUUUUGCAUUCAUUGUAUUCAGUUUACUACGUAUCUACACAUAUUCCAUGGGUCUUCUUAAUAAAUGUUCUUUAUUAAAACUAAA